AGAGAGAGGAAGUCUCCGUGUGGUCCCCACCUCCAGCCUGUCAAUGAACUUAACUCUCAUGCCUCUCACCACUUUCUGAAGCCUCUUUAUCUCACAAACCCCGAACUCCUCUCUCCUGUUCUCUCUUCUUCUUCUUCUUCUUCUUCCUCAUCUGCUUCCACUUCCCACCACCGCCAAAACUACUACUGCAGCAUUACCACGGCCAGCCAGCGAGCAGAAACUCUGAUUUGUUCGCCGUAUCUUUCGGGCGCCAUGGGCUCCCAGAUCUAUGGUCGCUGCUUCUUCUUCGUCUUCGCCCUCAUCCUCUCCGCCGCCUCCGCCGCAUUGCCAUCUAACAAAUCCUCCACCACGGCGGUCAACUCCAACUCCGUCCUCGUCGCCCUCCUCGACUCGCAUUACACCGAGCUGGCCGAGCUCGUCGAGAAGGCCCUCCUCCUCCAGACCCUCGAGGAGGCCGUCGGCAACCACAACGUAACCAUCUUCGCCCCCAAAAACGAGGCUUUGGAGCGCCAGCUCGACCCGGAAUUCAAGCGGUUCCUGCUCGAACCCGGCAAUCUGAAGUCCCUCCAGACCCUGCUCAUGUUCCACAUUAUCCCCAGCCGUAUCGGGUCGACCCAGUGGCCGGAUUCCGGGUCGGGUCGCCACCACAAGACCCUUUCCGGUAACCACGAGCACCUUCAUUUGACAACCCACAAGCCCACCGGCCGCAAAUCGGUUAACUCCGCACAAAUCAUCCGACCCGAUGAUGUGACCCGACCCGACGGUGUCAUCCACGGAAUCGAGAGCCUCCUGAUCCCGCGCACCGUCGAGGACGACUUCAACCGGAGGCGGAAUCUUCGGACCAUAUCCGCCAUUCAUCCCGAGGGAGCUCCCGAGGUCGACCCAAGAACCCACCGCUUGAAGAAGCCGGCUCCGGUUCCAGCCGGCGCCCCGCCUGUUCUGCCGAUUUACGACGCUUUGGCUCCCGGUCCGUCUCUAGCUCCGGCUCCCGCCCCCGGACCCGGCGGGCCCAAACAUCAUUUCGACGGUGAGAGCCAGGUGAAAGACUUCAUCCACACUCUCCUCCACUACGGUGGGUACAACGAGAUGGCAGACAUUCUGGUGAAUCUGACGUCUUUGGCGACGGAGAUGGGGCGGUUGGUUUCGGAAGGGUACGUGCUGACGGUGCUGGCGCCGAACGACGAGGCGAUGGCGAAGCUGACCACGGACCAGCUGAGCGAGCCGGGGGCGCCAGAGCAGAUUGUGUACUACCACAUCAUACCGGAGUACCAGACGGAGGAGAGUAUGUAUAAUUCGGUGAAGAGGUUCGGGAAGGUGCGGUACGACACAUUGAGGCUGCCGCAUAAAGUGGUGGCGCAGGAGGCUGAUGGGUCGGUGAAAUUCGGGCAGGGGGACGUUUCGGCGUAUUUGUUUGAUCCCGAUAUUUAUACGGACGGGAGGAUUUCGGUGCAGGGCAUUGACGGGGUGCUUUACCCGACGGAGGAGGAGGAGGCCAAAACGGAGAAGAAAUCUGCACCGGUUGUUAAGGUUGCUGCUAAGCCCAGGAGAGGGAAAUUGAUGGAAGUAGCUUGUAGAAUGCUUGGAGCUCACUUCUCUACUUGUCAAUGAAGAUGCUGGUCUCUCUCUCACUCUCUCCCUCUCUCAAAAUUAAAUUUCUCCCCCGACGAAAGAAAAAAAAAGAUGAAUGUCUUCACUGUAAACAGUAAUCGAUAAUGGUAAAUACAGUUCUUUCUUCUGCGUCGUUGUAAUUUGUUUUUCGAAACACGUUUGGUUUUUUGGGGGUAAAACAGAGUUUUGGUAAGCAUGUCAGUGUAGGAUGAUCGAUCAUGAGUCUGCAUAUUAUAUAAAGAUGAACUGAAUGAAUGUAUAAACAGAGGGAGCGUUUGGGUUGCGGGAUUUCUUUGGAUAUCCAUAUCCACCCAAACAAAAGAAUCUCCACCCCCUCUUGAUUUCUCUCCCUUGAUUUGUUAUCAAAACUGUAAUUACAUACUCAAUUUUUUAAUUAUUAUUCUUAUUUUGUUUGGGUUA